AAAUGGGGCUAAUAUUCUACAAAAACACUACUGAUGAAAUUAAACUAGUGGUAUAUUCAGAUGCUGAUUGGGCAACAGAUACAACUGACAGAAAGAUUGUAGUGGUUGCAUAAUACUGUAUGGAAUGAAUCCAAUAUCAUGGUUUUCAAAGAAGCAAAACUGUGUAGCAUUAUCUACGGCAGAAGCUGAAUAUGUGGCAGCGGCUAGUUCUACUCGAGACCUAGUGAAUAUAAAGGGUAUUUUGAGUGAUUUUAAUAUUAUUAUCGGCGCAGUUCUUUAUUGUGAUAAUAAAAGUUCUAUUUUAAUGUCAAAGUCCAAUGAAAAUUCUAAGAGAGCUAAGCACAUAGAUAUUAAGAAUCAUUUUUUAAAAGACUUAGUUACGAAAAAAGAAAUUACUGUAAGUUAUGUGUCAACAAAACAAAAUUUAGCUGAUAUAUUGAAUAAACCUUUAGUUAAGGAUACUUUCAUUUACUUAAGAGGAAAAUUAAGUGGAGUCUAAGUAGUUAGGUUGCGAUUUUCAUGUAUCAUUGUAUGAAACAUUUUAAUCGAGGAGUGUAGUUGGUAAAAUGUUAGCAGCCAACUUCAUGUAUGUCAGUUGUCGCUGAAAAUGAUAUAUAAUGUAGCAAGCAUAUUUUUCUUUAUAUAUUAAUAAAAUAUUUAAACUUCUAGAAAGUAAUCAUUAUUUCAAUGCAAAAAGGCUCUUCCAAGUAAUAAUCAAACAUAAAUUGAAUAAAUACCUCCAGAAUGUCAAUUCUACAGUUUGUGUUUAAAACACAAUUUUAAAUGUCAUGGAGCCCAAAUAUUUAUCUGGUCAAUGCUAAAACGUAAUUGUGCUCGACACACAGAUCUUGAAAACGGGGGUUCGAAACCAUACACAUCAAGUAAAUAGCCUGGGAUAUUAUCCCUAAAAGAAAAGAAAAGAAGAAGGACAUUUGGAAACUAACCUCAACUUUAUGAAAUAAAAGUAAAUAAAAAGACAUUAUAGCCGAUAACUAAUUACCACUAUUUAAUAUAGUUCAUUAGAGAUAUUUUCAUUUUACUUGAAUUAUGACUGAAAGUAAUGAAGAUUUUAGUUUCGACAUUGAUGAUGUUUCUAUUAAUUCGGAAGAACAAGUUCAAAUAACUCCUGCAGAAGUAAUCGAGUUAAUUGAAGAAGCUUGGAUAAAUGAAAAAUUUGCCCCAGAGAUUCUUCCUCACAAAUCAGAAAUAGUAGAAAUUAUUCUAGAUCAAAUAUCUAACAUGGAAGAAAAUAUAAAAAAUCUAUGUAGCACAGAUUUUACGAAAAUUAUUUACCAACUUGAAGUGGAUAGGCUUCGUUUUUUAGUUUCUAGUUAUUUAAGAACAAGACUAGAGAAAAUAGAAAUUCAUGUAAACCAUAUAUUAGGAGAAGAAGCUAAAAGAAUAGAUAAAAGGAGUGAUCUGUACUUAAGUCACGAAGAACUUAAGUUUGCAAAGGAGUUUUCAUUCACUAUGGAACAGUACUUUGACAAAUUAAUGAGGUUCUAUCCUGGUGUACCAUCAGAAACUUGGUCAAAUCAAAUUGUUGAACCAAAUAAUAAUAGUUUUGUAUUUUUAAAAUCAAAAAAUAGGGUAGAAGGGGUAUUGAUUGAUAAAAAUGCUACAGACAGUGAUUUGAUUGAUUUUGAUACUGGAUCUCAAAUAAUUAUUUCAUAUAACAGUGUGUCUGAUUUAAUAAAAAAGAGUGAUGUUCAAUUGAUUUAAUUUUGUUAGUUACAUGGAAUUAUUAACUUAAGUAUUAGAUAUAAUGCACACUAAAAAAACACUAUUUAUCAAGGAAUUCAAUUAAUAAUGUUUGAAACCUAGUUCCAUUAUUUUAACUGUUAGCUUAUUGAUUAGGUAUACUAUUUUAUAAAUUAUGUAUGUAAUGUUCAAUGUUUGUCUUUAUAAUUUAAUAUGUAUUUCCAUUGUUAUUCAAUUAAAUUGUUAUAUACAUUUGUUUUCAUAAAUUUUUGUUAUUUCUUCAUACUUUUACAGAUAUAAAUUAAGCCAAAGCUAAUUUUUGCCUCCUCACACCUCCACCAUAUACUAUUCAUUUCUAUUUUUGUUUAUUAAGUUGAAAGUUCUGAAACUGUUGUUAAUGUUCUAUAUUAAACACUUUAUACUACCAAUGCACCAUUAUAAAAAUGCAACAGCUUAAGAAGAUGCUAGUGAAAAUGUUUAGGGUAGGAGUAGUAGGAAAUGUGUUUGGUUCAUCUACAAUUAUGGACUUCUCGUAUGUUGCUUAAAAUGUCCAUGGUAAAAUUACCUGAGAAAUCAUCAAGGGAGACUAACAAAUUAUUUUAGCUUAUGUAACAGUUAUCUGUAUCAAAACUUACAAUGUGAUUUAUGAACAACUAAUAGUUUCUGUAAAAAGCUUUUUAUUUUAGUGAUGGUUGAUUGAUCAUCAAAACAUGAUGAUUUCAUUAUUACACCUCGUAACCUCAUUUUAUAAUGUUUCAAGGGUAAACAACUCCAAGUAAACUGGUGAUAAAAAAUGGUACCUGGUCUUCCAAGAAACCACAAAACAUUUACUUGGUAAUACGAAGUUUUCAAAUACCUCAGAUGCUCUGCUUAAAAAAAUUAUGGUGAUUUUUGAUUGUGUUUUUAUUUUUUUAAUUGAUAACGCUCACUUCCAUCUGGGUUACAGUUAUAAUUUUUGAACCUAUAGACAACACACCCAUAAAGAUGCUGAAUUGAACGGAGCUGCAGGAGUAAAUAACACUGUGUAUUGAGGAUAUCCUAAUUAAAGCUAAAUGAAUACUACUUAUUGUACUUUAUAUUAGUGGCAAAUAAAAUAUACAUCUGUA